GAGCGGCCGCAGAUGGAGGACGGAGCAUGCGCAGCCGGGUGGCGGCCGGAGCCCUGAGGCUGCGCGGAGCCGGGGUCGAUCUGGCGGCGCUGGUGCCCGACGGCGCGGGGGCCAAGCAUGAGGCUCGCCCAGCGGCCGGGGCAGGACAGCGAGCUCGCCGUGCCUGGCAGAGGGUGAGGUUGCGUGCCCCCACCCCCCUUCUGCGCCGACCUUGGGCCUAGAGGCGCCGCCGCAGCCGGGCCGCCACCUUGUGGAAGGUGCAAGGACCCGCCCCCCCAGCCCCUCACGCAGACCCCACACCACCCCCCUUGAAUCUCCACCGUAUGAGGAAGGGCCCGCCCACCCGACACGCUCCCAUGGAGGUGGGGGGCUGUCACGAACUUGUUCUGCCCUUUCUGACUCUCCCUCUUUCCUUUCGGUAAUUGUCUUCUGAAUUCCCAUGUCAUACCAGCAGGAGGAUUACAAAGAAUCUAUCAAAAUGAUGACAAAUAUUGUCAUUUUGAGCCUGCUUAUUUGUAUUUCGUUAUCUUUCUGGAUUGUGUCUUUGACAGCAAGUACAUACUAUGGUACUUUACGGCCUAUUUCUCCAUGGCGUUGGCUUUUUUCAGUUGUUGUUCCACUAAUGAUUGCUUCACGAGGCUUUAAGAAGAAGAGUCUGGAUCACAGUGGAGCUUUAGGGGGAUUAGUGGUUGGGUUUAUCCUAACAAUUGCAAAUUACAGCUUCUUCACUGCCUUGCUCAUGUUUUUUGUUACUUCUUCAAAACUUACUAAGUGGAAAGAAGAUGUGAAGAAGCGUAUAGAUUCAGAAUUCAAAGAAGGUGGGCAGAGGAAUUGGGUGCAAGUAUUCUGUAACGGUGGUGUCCCUACGGAGCUGGCUCUGCUAUAUAUGAUAGAAAAUGGACCAGGUGAAAUUCCAAUAGACUUUUCCAAGCAGUACACUGCAUCAUGGAUGUGUUUAUCCCUCUUGGGAGCUUUGGCCUGCUCUGCUGGAGAUACGUGGGCUUCAGAGAUUGGCAGUGUCUGGAGUAAAAAUGAGCCAAGGUUAAUAACAACAUGGGAAAAGGUUCCAGUUGGUACUAAUGGAGGUGUUACAUUAGUGGGCCUAAUUUCAAGUCUCAUUGGUGGCAUGCUAGUAGGUGUGGCUUACUUCAUUACUCAGCUUGUUUUUUUGAGUGAUCUGGAUAUAUCUGCUCCACAGUGGCCACUUGUUGUGUUUGGCGCAAUGGCUGGUUUAUUGGGGUCAAUUAUUGAUUCAUAUUUAGGAGCUACAAUGCAAUAUACUGGUUUUGACAAGCGUAUUGGCAUGGUUGUCAACUACCAAACAAAAGACUCAAAGCACAUAUCUGGAAAACCUAUUCUGGACAACAAUGCAGUGAACCUCUUUUCUUCUGUAGUCAUUGCUUUGUUACUUCCUGGUGUGGCAUGGGGUUUCUGGCCAAGAGGGUGAAACUUCCUAAGUCUUUUAAUACAUAGUUCAGAUACACUUAAUAUGAAUCAAAGGUUUCUCCCUAAAGCACUGUUUUUACCUUGUUUGAGGAAGUCCUCUGCAUCCUCUUCAGAGCCAGAAGGAUUCACCAUCUUAACUUCCUUAGGCUGUAAGUUUUAUGGGCAGCCACCAUCUUUCUGGGAAAAGAGGACCAGAUGAGGCUCUGUUAAUAACCUGUCAGUGCUACUCCUUAAUUGGACACAGUUUGCUACUUUGUAACAUGAAACACUUCAUUUUCCCUUCUGAAGCUGAAUGCUUGGUCUCCAAAUCAUUUCCAGCCCCUGGCAGAAGAAAGAGUGAGAGAAUACAACCAAAAAUCUAACCUGGAUCUGCUAUACAACUAGUAUUAACACUGUACUCCAAGCCACAAACAAAGUACUAUAUAUUUUCUGUAAUAUAGAUCAUAGUAGUGUCAAUGAAAUCACUGAAUUCUGGUGUAGCAUACAUUUCCCAUUGUCUGCUACAAUAUUAUAGGUUUUAUAGAGGUGCAUUGAAGUCUUUAAAAACAUUGUACUUUAAUAAGCAUUGUUGCCUAUUCCAUGUUGUAUUACUUUUUUGCCAUGCUUUUGACGAAGAGUAAGAAAAAGUAAUGGUAUAACAUAAUGUCUCAGGCAUAUGACUAAAUUUAAAAUCAAAACUAAUCUUUUUCCAAUAAGCAAAACAGGUUUCUGUCCUUGUUUUCUGAAAGUCUUCCUUGCUUUUUAUUAAGUAGGAAUAUAAAGCUUAUAUAAGUAGCAUCAUAAGGUGGUACUUCUCAGAUUAAGUUAUUGAUCUUAAAAGUAAAGAUUACAUUUUUUUAAUUCAAAAUCAACUGGUUAGAAAAGAUGUAACUUGUUCUGUAACUGUGGAAUUACUCUUUAAUAAUCCAAGUUAAAUAGUAGCACGUUCACCAAGUUGUGAUCUUCAUAUUCUUCCUCAGUAACACUCCUUUUUUGUUUUACAAAUUGUUGCUCACUGGAGAUGUAAAAAGUGUUGGGGCCUUUAUUGUUGAUAAAUUAUUACGGGGUUUUCACUUUUGUCAUUAAAUGACAGGCUAAAAAGUUUUUCAGUUAACAAUUUAGUAUUUAUUAUAUAGAAUCAGAUCCUGCAACUGAUUGCACGCGUGGAUCCUUUUGGCCAUAUAGAGAUCAUCCACCUGGAUCCAUUUGCAGGGUAUGACCCAUAAUGUGUGCACCAAAAAAGGUUUCUUCCAAUCUGAGAGUGAUUACCAGUUCCGGUGAUAUUCCCAGUUUUAAGUAUAGGAGACUUGGCAGAAUCUUUCAAAACAGAAUAAACUAAGUGUGACCACUGCAUCCUAAUGUUCUUGUUGAAAAGCACUGUAACAUGAAAGGCAUAGAUGCCCUUAUUGAUUAAUUAUAUUUAAUUUAACUGUAAAUAAAUGCGUUUUUCUUCAUGAUAUAGUUAAGAUUUUGUGCUAACACAUUUUUGAUUUUGUUAAUGCCACACGGCAUUAGAGGAAGGCUCUUAGAAAGGAAAAAAAGUAGAUGAUGGUGAGUUCAGUAAGAGUGAAAACAUACAAAUACUUUGAGGGGGUUUAGCUUUUAUUUUAAAUAUUUUAAUUGUCUGGUAUAUUAUGUUGCAGGAAUCAAAGGCAUCUUUUCAGGAUUCAGGGAUUAGCCAAGUUUCUAUUGUAAUCUAAUGUGGAUCCCAAGCCUAAAACACCACACAACACUGAACAUAUAUCCAUAACAUGUUUUAAAAACAAACAAACUGCAUAGCAGUAUGAAAUGCCUUCAUUGCUGUUAAAUUAAAUUUUAAACAAGCAAUUUUGCACCUAGCAGGUAAGGGUGGGAUUUUCAAAAGUGCAGAAUAUUGGCUUACCUCUGGUGAGAGCAGGUUGGGCCAAUACUGAGUGCUUUUGAAUUUCCUACCAUUAAAUCUCUAGUGUACAGAAUCGUAUUUAAAGAAUGUAGCAUUAGUUUUAUUAAAUAAUACCCACUCUGUACAGGAUACCAUUACACUGGACAAAAUACUAUUAAAUUGAACAGAACAUAGUAGUGCAGAUUGUGUUGCCUUUGAUUUUUUUUAUUUUACACAGUAGCUGUGCAGAAAGUGUAGCCCUUAUGAGAAGAGGAGGAGAAAUAUAGGGAAAUUGUAUGUCACUAAGUGUAGUUGUUGUUGGGACCAGAAAGAAGCCAAUGGAAUGUUAACACUUGAGAUCAUUAGAAGGUGUCUGGAUAGGCACAGAGAAAAUAGAUGAAAUUAAAAGGGCAGGUGAUAAAAGGAAAGGAGGCAAAAUAAGCAGAGUAAGAUAUUAAUAGAAAUGAAUUGAGGGCACAUAGUGUUUUUCCAUUACACUGUGUUUUAAAUAUUUGAAUAUUUGUUUUGCCUCAAUGCCUGUAUUUGGAUUAGUAUUUGAGAUUAAUCUAUGCCUAUAAAUUAAAAUUUGACAUUUAUCUGGCACUAAUUUAUUUAUUUCUUACUGAAACAGCAUGAAAAUUCACAAAUCACCUCUACAAUACUUUGAUCAAAUUUCCUUAAACUGAAAAAUUCCAGUUGGAAGUCAGUUGAGCCUUAUCUGUAUAGUUUUAUAGAUUGUGUAUGUUUAAGAAAAUGACUAUUUUUCAAUAUAAAUAUGAAGUAGUUUUUCUUAAUAAACACAUAAUGUAAUUGG